CUUUUCCCUCUUUCGAGUCUUGGCUUGUUUCCCGUCUUAUGGCAUUCCACUAUGAGGACAACGACCCCUGCCACUGCUAAUCUCUCUGUCCGUCUCUUUCUCUGCCCAUCUGGCCGGAGAUGGCGAAGGAGCGUCUACAGAUUGAUUGGAAGGAGAUGCUAGCCGGGAGGGACGACGGCCCGCCGCCGGAGGUCGAGGUGGUUGCCGCAGCGUCCGGCCACGGAGAGGCGGGGCCGGCGGAUGCAUCGGAGCUCGUCCAGUUCUCCGAUCAUGAGUUGCAGGAGCGGAUUCAACGAGUGGUGAAACAACUCUCGUUGGGCAUCGGGAGCCGGCUAAACGAUAGCGGUGCCAAGUUGAGGGCAAGCCUCCGCCAGAUGCAGGCGGAACUCGAUCGGAGGAAGCUUGUCCGUGUUCCCAAGGCUUCUGGAAGAUGCAGUAAGGUCCUUCAGUCAGAAAACAUAGAAUCAUCAGGUACAGUAAAAGAUUCCAGUGAAAAUUCUACAGCACCCAAAUCUCAUCCACAAUCUUCGUUUACAUCUAAAUUUCUGGAAAAGUUACAAGGGAAGGCAGAUGCUGCAUCUAAUGAGGACUUGAAAGUUAUAAGUCGAGGCAAGAGCAGAGGUUCAGAAAAAAAUGAAUUACAAAAGGAUGAGAGACAACAUCAAAUUGCAACGGCUUCACAGUCAGCUAGGCUUUCUUCCAGGCAAACACAUUUCCAGUGUGCUAGCAGCAUUGCGAAGAAAGAUCAACAUAUGUCCUUGACUAGUAAAUAUAGAGAUUUGGAACUUUCCAAUCUUCCCAAAGGAAAAUCCUAUUCAAAUUGUAAAAGGAGAGCUUUGGAUUCGGAGGAUACGAAUUAUGUGGCAUUUAAGUGGAAGAAGGUUCGAGAAGUUGUUCUUUUGGAUGAAGAAGAAGUUCAUACUGUAGAGCCUAUGGAAGAUGGUUGUGACAAAUGGAAGGAGGUCAAGGUUUAUUAUCCUUCAAGGGAUGAUCCGGAAUCUGUUGAGCUCUCUUAUGCAGAUAUAAAAUGCCUCAAUCCUGAAUCAUACUUGUCAUCUACUAUAAUGAACUUCUACAUUCAAUACCUGCAAAGGCCCUUGGCUGUUACUGAUAGACCAAGAGGAGACUAUCAUUUUUUCAACACCUAUUUCUACAAGAAACUUGAGGAAGCUGUUUCAUUUAAGGUUGACAAGGCAUGUUUUGAGAAAUUGAGGAGAUGGUGGAAGGGUGUUAAUAUUUUUCAAAAAUCUUACAUCUUCAUACCUGUCCAUGGAGAUAUGCAUUGGAGCUUGGCAGUUAUUUGUAUACCUGCACAAGAAGAUGAAUCAGGUCCAAUUGUACUUCAUUUGGAUUCAUUGGGAUUUCAUAACAGUCAAUCGAUAUUUCAUAUCAUAGAUAGAUUUUUGAAGGAGGAAUGGAACUACAUAAAUCAAAAUUCUUCUCGUCCAGAUCUUCCUUUUUCAGUAAAUAUUUGGAGACAUCUUUCAAGUAGCAUUGAGAAGAAAAAGAUCACGGUUCCCCAACAGAAGAAUGAGUAUGACUGCGGGCUUUUUGUGCUCUACUUCAUGGAGAGGUUUAUUGAAGAGGCUCCUGAAAGGCUUAAACGGAAAGAUCUGGCAAUGUUUGGUAGCAAGUGGUUCCAUCCUGAGGAUGCUUCUGGCUUGAGGAAGCAGAUACGAGAUCUGCUUCUUGAAGUAUUUCGGUGUGCUAAGCGGGAGAAUAAUAAAGCAGGAUCAACAUCAUCUUGUGGCUCCUCCGAAGAUGAUUGACAGCGAUCCUACUUGGAUGACUAACCAUUUGACCUGAGAACCCGAGUUAGAAUCAGCUUAGUAGAGGAACAAUUGGAGAAUAGAGAGGAAUAGAAGAGGCUUAUGGAAACACCCAGUCAAUUUUUCAGGGAUAUCUGAAUACUUAUCAGAAGGUAAUUCUCACCGUGCAUUUUAAGUACCGUCGACUAUCCUCACUAAGUUCCUCACGACGAUAAAUUUAGUUGAGCAAAGCAGGAAACCAGGCAUUGGAAUAACAGCAAGCAUGGCACUUGUUUUGCUCCCAGAGAAUCUUUAGCUGGUUAAUCCAAAGGGGUUAGGACUGUGAUCAGUAGAGUUCUAACAAAAGAAGUAAAGCUUUCUAGAUCAUGGAGGGGUACAAUUUAUAUGUAUUUCUCUUGUGAAUUUUGCAGAUCUAUUUCUGUGUUACUGACAAUCUGCUUUGACAUAAGAUGAUAGAGGGAAGCUAUAUGCAAGCAGAUUACAAGCAGAUGUUUGUAAAUAGAAUCCCGAGAGAAAUGGCAAGCUUUUAUAUGCUCUUUGCAA